CCCCAAGAUGAACACAGCCCUGAUGCUCCUUAUUGUGCUGGCUGUGGCCGCGGGACCAGCCCGGGCUCUCCACUGCCACGUGUGCAGCAGCUCGACCAACUGCAAGAACGUCCAGCUCUGCCCGGCCAGCGCACGCUUCUGCAGAACCAUGACUACAGUGGAGCCGCUGCGGGGGAACCUGGUGCAGAAGGACUGUACGGACUGGUGCACACCCGGCAGUCACCAGCAGGCCCAGUCGGGCAGCAGCUGGACCACCACCCAGUGCUGCCAGGGCGACUCGUGCAACGAUCGGCUGCAGAACUCCGCCCGCCGGUCCCUGGGCAGUGCCCUGCUGGGUCUGGCCCUUGGCCUCCUGACACUCCUCCUCGGCCACUGAAGCCCCACCAGAUGCCCUGGGCUGGGGGGCCCAGCAGGUGCAAGCCUGAUCCCCCACACCCCAAACUAUGAGAGGCUCAGCUGUGCCUGCUCCGGGAGGCACUCCGCCAGGCUCCUCUCCUCUGUUUGGUUCUGUUUCUUUUUCUGCUCGAUGGAAUAAAUGAUUGAAAA